AGGUCCGCGCCUGCUCCGCCCCCUUCCUCCUCUCCGGGUUUGUAGGUCUGUCUGGUGGUCGGGGCGCUGUACUCUUUUAGUGGGAGCGACCCCGGCGAGCCCAGGUUGAGGUGCGGAAGAAGGCACAACGGUGCAGCUGCCCACCGGAAUCUUCAGCUCUCUUCGCUCCCCACCCGGCGUGGGAAGUAAAAAUGAAAACGAAAGGGAGGUAGGCGCGGAGGUAGGAGCUGACCGAGUGAUGGGAAGCGCGUGAGCUGGGGCCGAAAGUUUCAGGUUUCUCCUUGUAUGGAUCACUGAUUGAAUAAUAGAUGGCUUUACCUCGUCUCACAGGAGCUUUGCGCUCCUUUUCAAAUGUCACCAAGCAAGAUAAUUAUAAUGAAGAAGUGGCUGACUUAAAGGUGAAGCGGUCUAAACUUCAUGAACAAAUUGUAGACUUGGAUGUUACAUGGAAGAAGAUAGUAAAAUUUUUGAAUGAAAAACUGGAGAAGAGUGAAAUGCAAAGUGUAAAUGAAGACUUAAAAGAUAUAUUGCAGGCUGCAAAACAAAUAGUUGGAAUAGAUAAUGGUAAAGAAGCAAUUGAAAGUGCGGCUGCAUUUCUCUUCAAGACAUUUCACUUGAAGGACUCUGUCGGUCACAAGGAGACAAAGGCUAUCAAACAGAUGUUUGGUCCUUUUCCAUCAUCAUCUGCCACUGCAGCUUGUAAUGCUACUAAUCGAAUUAUUUCUCAUUUUUGUCAAGACAAUCUUACUGCUCUUAUCCACAUGACAGAAGAAGAAUAUGGUGAUAGAGUUUUAUUUGGUAAAAAUUUAGCAUUUUCAUUUGACAUGCAUGAUUUGGACCACUUUGACGAACUGCCAAUAAAUGGUGAACCCCAGAAAACUAUAAGCCUUGAUUAUAAGAAGUUUCUGAAUGAACAUUUUCAGGAGCAGUCUACACCAGAGCUCAAGCCUGUGGAAAAAACAAAGGACUCCUUUUUGUGGUGUGAAGUUGAGAAGUACUUAAAUACAACUUUAAAUGAAAUGGCUGAAGCAACAAGAAUAGAAGAUCUUUGCUGUACCUUAUAUGAUAUGCUUGCUUCUGUUAAAAGUGGUGAUGAACUUCAGAAUGAGCUAUUUGAACUGCUGGGACCUGAUGGACUUGAACUUAUUGAGAAACUCCUCCAGAACAGAAUUACAAUUGUGGAUAGAUUUCUUAAUUCUUCAAAUGAUCAUAAGUUGCAGGCUCUUCAAGACAAUUGCAAAAAAAUUUUAGGAGAAAAUACUAAACCUAACUAUGGUUGUCAAGUUACCAUUCAGUCUGAACAAGAAAAGCAAUUAAUGAAACAGUAUCGUCGUGAAGAAAAAAGAAUUGCCAGACGAGAAAAAAAGGCUGGAGAAGAUGGAGAAAUUGCAGAAGGAGUUAUGUGCUUUGAUCCUAAGGAAUUGCGGAUACAAAGAGAGCAGGCACUUAUGAAUGCUAGAAGUGCUCCAAUUCUGAGUAGGCAGAGAGACAUGGACGUUGAAAAAAUACGUUAUCCCCAUGUUUAUGAUUCCCAAGCUGAAGCCAUGAGAACAUCAGCAUUCAUUGCUGGUGCAAAGAUGAUUUUACCAGAAGGAAUUCAAAGAGAGAAUAACAAGAUGUAUGAAGAAGUAAAGAUUCCCUAUAGUGAACCAAUGCCAGUUGGCUUUGAGGAAAAACCAGUUUAUAUCCAAGACUUAGAUGAGAUUGGGCAGCUGGCUUUCAAAGGAAUGAGGAGACUCAAUAGAAUCCAGUCAAUUGUGUUUGAGACUGCCUACAACACCAAUGAGAACAUGCUGAUUUGUGCCCCUACUGGGGCUGGAAAGACCAAUAUUGCAAUGCUUACAGUUCUGCAUGAAAUUCGCCAACAUUUUCAACAAGGUGUUAUCAAAAAGAAUGAAUUUAAGAUUGUAUAUGUUGCUCCAAUGAAAGCCUUGGCAGCUGAAAUGACAAAUUACUUCAGCAAACGUCUAGAGCCACUGGGCAUCGUUGUGAAAGAAUUGACUGGGGAUAUGCAGUUGUCAAAAAAUGAAAUUUUACGAACUCAGAUGCUUGUUACCACACCAGAAAAAUGGGAUGUAGUGACAAGAAAGAGUGUUGGAGACGUAGCUCUUUCCCAAAUUGUAAAGCUCCUUAUUCUUGAUGAAGUUCAUUUGCUGCAUGAAGAUAGAGGACCAGUAUUAGAAAGCAUAGUGGCACGUACUUUACGGCAGGUGGAAUCCACACAGAGUAUGAUAAGGAUUCUUGGGCUCUCUGCAACCUUACCCAACUACCUUGAUGUUGCUACAUUUUUACACGUUAAUCCCUGUAUUGGACUUUUCUACUUUGAUGGCCGUUUUCGACCAGUUCCUCUUGGACAGACAUUUCUGGGAGUUAAAAGUGCAAAUAAGGUGCAACAAUUGAAUAACAUGGAUGAAGUAUGUUAUGAAAGUGUUUUGAAGCAAGUAAAGGCUGGACACCAGGUGAUGGUGUUUGUGCAUGCUCGAAAUGCUACUGUAAGAACAGCUAUGUCUCUAAUAGAAAGAGCAAAAAAUAGUGGUCAGAUUUCCUGCUUUUUACCUACCCAAGGAACUGAAUAUGGACAUGCAGAAAAACAGGUGCAGAAGUCAAGAAACAAACAAGUACGAGAAUUAUUUCCAGAUGGUUUUAGUAUUCAUCAUGCAGGAAUGCUUCGGCAGGACAGAAACUUGGUUGAAAAUUUGUUUUCUAAUGGGCAUAUCAAAGUUCUGGUCUGUACAGCUACAUUAGCCUGGGGUGUCAAUCUUCCUGCUCAUGCUGUUAUUAUUAAGGGAACACAAAUAUAUGCUGCAAAAAGAGGCUCUUUUGUUGACCUUGGAAUUUUAGAUGUCAUGCAGAUAUUUGGUCGAGCUGGAAGACCACAAUUUGACAGAUUUGGAGAAGGAAUCAUCAUAACAACACAUGACAAACUCAGCCAUUACCUCACUUUGCUCACUCAACAAAACCCAAUUGAGAGUCAGUUUCUGGAAAGCCUUGCAGAUAACCUAAAUGCAGAGAUUGCUCUGGGAACAGUUACUAAUGUGGAAGAAGCAGUGAAGUGGAUAAGUUACACUUAUCUCUAUGUACGGAUGAGAGCAAACCCAUUAGUAUAUGGCAUCAGUCACAAGGCUUAUCAGAUUGACCCAACAUUAGCAAAGCACCGAGAACAGUUGGUCAUUGAAGUUGGACGAAAACUAGACAAAGCUCGGAUGAUUCGUUUUGAAGAGCGAACUGGAUAUUUUUCCUCAACUGAUUUGGGUAGAACUGCUAGCCACUACUAUAUUAAGUACAACACCAUUGAGACCUUCAAUGAACUCUUUGAUGCUCACAAAACAGAAAGUGAUAUUUUUGCUAUAGUCUCCAAAGCUGAAGAAUUUGAUCAAAUCAAGGUCAGAGAAGAGGAAAUAGAAGAGCUAGAUGCCUUAUUAAACAAUUUCUGUGAACUCUCGGCUCCUGGAGGUGUAGAGAACAGUUAUGGGAAAAUAAACAUCCUACUUCAAACUUAUAUCAGCCGAGGAGAGAUGGACAGUUUCUCCCUUAUAUCAGAUUCUGCAUAUGUUGCACAGAAUGCAGCUAGAAUUGUUCGUGCUCUUUUUGAAAUUGCUCUGAGGAAACGUUGGCCUGCCAUGACCUACAGGCUCCUGAAUCUUAGUAAAGUCAUUGACAAGAGGCUUUGGGGUUGGGCUAGCCCUUUGAGACAGUUUUCAGUGUUACCACCACACAUUCUAACAAGAUUAGAAGAAAAAAACCUUACUGUGGAUAAGCUGAAAGACAUGAGGAAAGAUGAAAUAGGUCACAUGCUGCAUCAUGUGAAUAUUGGGCUCAAGGUCAAACAAUGUGUUCAUCAGAUUCCUUCUGUUACAAUGGAAGCAUCCAUUCAGCCCAUCACACGGACUGUCCUCCGAGUGACGCUCAGCAUCUGUCCUGAUUUUACUUGGAAUGAUCAGGUCCAUGGGACAGUAGGAGAACCUUGGUGGAUUUGGGUAGAAGAUCCUACAAAUGACCAUAUUUAUCAUUCAGAGUAUUUUAUAGUUCUAAAAAAACAGGUUAUUAGUAAAGAAGCUCAACUACUGGUGUUUACAAUCCCUAUUUUUGAGCCUUUGCCUUCCCAAUACUACAUCCGAGCAGUGUCUGAUAGAUGGUUAGGAGCUGAGGCUGUAUGCAUUAUCAACUUUCAACAUCUGAUUCUACCAGAGAGACAUCCUCCUCAUACAGAAUUACUGGAUCUUCAGCCUUUACCAAUCACAGCUUUGGGAUGUGAAGCAUAUGAAGCACUAUACAACUUUAGCCACUUUAACCCUGUGCAGACACAAAUAUUUCAUACCCUGUACCACACAGACUGUAAUGUCCUCCUUGGAGCACCCACUGGAUCAGGAAAGACCGUUGCUGCUGAAUUAGCCAUUUUCAGAGUCUUCAACAAGUACCCUACUUCAAAGGCAGUGUAUAUUGCACCCUUAAAAGCUCUUGUACGUGAAAGAAUGGAUGAUUGGAAAGUUAGAAUAGAAGAAAAACUUGGUAAAAAAGUUAUUGAACUAACCGGGGAUGUGACUCCUGAUAUGAAAUCCAUUGCUAAGGCUGACCUUAUUGUCACUACACCAGAGAAGUGGGAUGGAGUCAGUAGAAGCUGGCAAAAUAGGAACUAUGUGAAGCAAGUCACUAUUCUCAUCAUAGAUGAGAUCCAUCUUCUUGGGGAGGAAAGAGGCCCUGUUCUAGAAGUCAUUGUAUCUCGAACAAAUUUCAUCUCAUCACACACAGAAAAGCCUGUUAGAAUAGUUGGACUAUCUACUGCAUUAGCUAAUGCCAGAGACCUUGCUGAUUGGCUCAACAUUCAUCAGAUGGGCUUGUUCAAUUUCCGACCAUCAGUACGUCCAGUUCCACUGGAAGUUCACAUUCAAGGCUUCCCAGGUCAACAUUACUGUCCUCGUAUGGCUAGUAUGAAUAAGCCUACAUUUCAAGCAAUUAGAAGCCAUUCUCCAGCCAAACCUGUUUUGAUAUUUGUCUCAUCAAGACGUCAAACUCGUCUUACUGCUUUGGAAUUGAUAGCUUUUCUGGCUACUGAAGAAGAUCCAAAGCAGUGGUUGAAUAUGGAUGAAAGAGAGAUGGAGAACAUCAUUGGAACGCUAAGAGAUUCCAACCUGAAGCUGACACUUGCUUUUGGAAUAGGAAUGCAUCAUGCUGGAUUACAUGAGAGGGACCGAAAAACAGUAGAGGAGCUAUUUGUAAACUGUAAAGUUCAGGUUCUUAUUGCUACAAGUACUUUAGCCUGGGGUGUAAACUUUCCAGCUCACUUAGUAAUUAUUAAGGGAACAGAAUAUUAUGAUGGAAAAACAAGGCGCUAUGUGGAUUUUCCCAUUACAGAUGUACUCCAGAUGAUGGGGCGUGCUGGAAGGCCUCAGUUUGAUGACCAAGGCAAAGCUGUAAUUCUGGUUCAUGACAUAAAGAAAGACUUUUACAAAAAAUUUCUUUAUGAACCUUUCCCAGUAGAGUCAAGCUUAUUAGGAGUGCUCUCUGACCAUUUAAAUGCAGAGAUUGCUGGUGGUACAAUUACAUCUAAGCAAGAUGCAAUGGAUUAUAUCACUUGGACUUACUUUUUCCGACGUCUUAUCAUGAACCCCAGCUACUACAAUUUGAGUGAUGUGAGCCAUGAUUCUGUGAAUAAAUUUCUGUCCAGUCUGGUUGAGAAGUCUCUGGUUGAAUUGGAACUUUCCUACUGUAUUGAAAUUGGAGAGGAUAAUCGGAGCAUUGAACCUCUGACAUAUGGCCGCAUUGCCUCUUACUACUACUUGAAGCACCAAACAGUUAAAAUGUUCAAAGAGCGUUUGAAACCUGAAUGUGGUACUGAAGAACUGCUUUCAAUUCUGAGUGAUGCAGAAGAAUACACAGAUUUGCCAGUAAGACACAAUGAAGAUCAUAUGAAUAGCGAACUGGCAAAAUGUCUUCCCUUUGAAUCAAAUCCUCAUUCAUAUGAUAGCCCUCACACCAAAGCACAUCUCCUACUACAGGCACAUCUCAGCAGAACCAUGCUGCCCUGCCCAGAUUAUGACACUGAUACCAAAACAGUCUUGGACCAAGCACUCAGAGUAUGUCAGGCAAUGUUGGAUGUGGCUGCAAACCAGGGCUGGCUGGUGACUGCCCUGAAUAUCACCAAUCUGGUUCAGAUGGUGAUCCAGGGUCGGUGGUUAAAAGACUCUUCUCUUCUUUCAGUACCAAACAUAGAACACCACCAUCUUCACAUUUUCAGAAUAGAUUUGAGGGAUCUGGAAAUCCAUUGUCAAAGGAAAUGGAGCACAGGCACAAAAGGCGGACGUACUGGGUGCCAUGGCUUCAUCGAGUGCCUUCCUGAAUUGCUCCAUGCCUGUGGAGGGAAGGACCAUGUAUUCAGCUCGAUGAUGGAAAAUGAGCUAACAGCUGUAAAAAUGAAGCAGGCAUGGAAUUUCUUAUCCCACUUGCCGGUGAUAGAUGUUGGCCUAAGUGUUAAAGGCUGGUGGGAUGACUCAGUGGAAGGACAUGGUGAACUUUCUAUCACAACUCUGACUUCAGACAAACGAAAUGACAACAGGUGGAUCAAAUUGCAUGCUGAUCAAGAGUAUGUGCUUCAAGUCAGCUUGCAGAGAGUCCACUUUGGGUUCCACAAGGGAAAGCAAGACAGCCACGCAGUUACCCCCCGAUUUCCCAAAUUGAAAGAUGAAGGAUGGUUUUUGAUAUUAGGAGAAGUGGAUAAGAGAGAACUUAUUGCUUUGAAAAGAGUGGGAUAUGUUCGAAACCAUCACGUUGUUUCCAUUUCUUUUUAUACUCCGGAACUACCUGGAAGGUAUAUCUACACACUGUAUCUCAUGAGCGACUGCUAUCUUGGCCUGGACCAGCAGUAUGACAUUCAUCUCAAUGUCACACCAGCGAGUAUUUCUGCCCAGGUCAAUGAGGAGGUCUCUGAUGCCUUGAUUGACCUGAAAGUGAAGUAACCUGACCCGAACAGUCCAUUUGAGAGAAUUGGUUAAGAAGUCUGGCUGUUCAUCUAGACAAAGUCGAAUUGCUUGAUGUUUGCCUUGGUGGAAUCAACUUCUAACCUCAAGACACCCAGGAAAUUGACGGUGGCUGCAGUAUUGACUCCAGCAACACAAAGUCAGCUGCGGUGGCCUUUUAACAAAUGUUGCCUUUCAAAAUGUUGUCUUCGUGAGUUUCUUGAUAUGUAAAAUGAACACACGUGUAGGAAAACCUUUUGUGUAUAUUGAGAUGAUAUUUAGGAAUUAUCCAUCAAAUCUUACAUCUCACGGUGUAAUGUUUACAAGAAUGUUGGUUUCUUAUUUUCUAAGGAAAAUUACACUGAGACAUGACAGUGUUAGGAUUUGUUGUAACAGAUUUCUAGCCCUGCAGCAUAAAAUACAUAAGACAAAUCUGUAUGGAGACAUAUAAUAUGGGUUGUUAGCAAAAUUUAUACUUUGAUCACAUGGAGUUUCAAGAAUUUCUUAUAGUCAAAAAUGUUAAUAAUAUAUGAUGUAAAAUUAUAUUGCAGAGCCCAAUGAUGAUAAGGAGAGCAAAAUAUACUGAUCUUAGAAAAUGUGUAUACUAUAACUGGUGGAAAUAAAAUAUUUAGAGUGCCACUUCAAGACAAGCUGACUCAAUUAUCUCGCCUGCUUCCUUCCCAUUUGUUCCCCCCACUCUUCUUUUCAUUACCUCUGCUUCAAGACUUUACUUCCAUACUCUUUCUGAUAUUUAUUUAUACAAGGGGAGAAGUACAGUGUAACUUGUGUUAUAACAUGGAGAGACCACGUAGUUUUAUUAUCAUGAUGACUUAUUAUUUAUGGAAAAGAAGAAUGAAAUAUUGUUAUGUAGCAUGGAUCUUGGGUACUACAGUUAUUGUAAAACUUCAAAUUAUCAUAAAGCCUUUUCAGCCUGAGGUUUUAUUGUCUUCUCUUACCAGGUAUCUGUCUGUCUUCCAUCACUACGGCUGACUAUUCACAGUGAAAGUAGCCCUAAACAGGAACUCCAUAUGCUUGAAGAAUAUGAACUGAUAAUAACUCUGAGCCUUCUCUCUUUCAGAAAUAAUCCAAAAUGAGUAGGUAAAAAUUAUUUCAUGACCUUAAUUUUUUAAAAAGAAAAAUCUGAAGUAAGUUUUAAAUUUUUUGAUUCUUACUAAGUAUAAAAGAACUUGGCUUCUAAGAUAUGUACUGAGCCCUUAUAUUAGCUUUCUUUUUCUGGUUUCAGAAAUCUAAAUUCUAAAUCUAAGCAAAACAAGGAGAUAAAAAUUUUUGGUUUAAUGAGUUCUACUUAGAUCAUUUUAAGGUCCUCAAAAUUCUAAGAAUGAUUAUUGAUUCCAGGUUGUCGAUUUUAAGUGAUGGAGAAUGGUUGCAGGGUCUAGAAAGUUACUCCCAUAAUUUCAGCCUCAGCCCUUUCACUUUCCAUCAUAAGGAUUCUAUACUACUCCUGGAAAAUAAAAUUCUUCCAAUUUGAGGCCUUUAAAUGAGAUUUCAGGAUUCUACCUCGCUUGAAACUUCUACCCAAGUCUUUUGCAUGUCAGUUUGAGAGAUCUUGGAGUACUACAGAGGUUGCUUCCAGUCUUACCCAAGGUCAAGCACACACAGCCAGCCACAUCUGAAUGGAUGCUUACAUUUUUCUUGUUACUCUUCAUUUGGCCUGUAAUUCAGAAAAUAUUUUUAAAGUUUCAUGAGUAGCGCUACAUCUGUAAAUUAAUAUUAACCAGUUCAUUACAGAGACAUCCUGGAAAAGAUGAUGGACUGUAAUCCAUCUUUGGUUGAGCAGAAUCCCAGCACCUCCCUGUCAUUAAAAAUUAUUUGAAUCUCCAAACCCUUGUUCACUUACUUGUUAUCUUUUAUUUGGACUUCUUAAACUACAUAGAUACCAUGCCUGUCCAUUCAAAACAAAUACAGUUACUUUGAAUGACUGCACCCUUUGAUUCCAAGUCAUAUUGGAAGCAGUUUUUAAUGAUUUGAGGGUUGCAGGACUGAUCUAAGAUGAAUUUUAUUCUCGAGGUUUCCACCUUGGAAUCAGAAGACUGCACUUUGCAGGAUGUGGAGGACUAAUCUGGAGCCAGUUCUCAAUUGGCCUACAGCCAAUCAGGCCCAUAUUUCCAAAUGGCCUGAAAAGUGCCCACUUUUCAGGAGGGAAUGGAGCUUCUGAAAUAACCACAUAAUUCCUGCAAAUGAAAAGGCUAACACUGAGUAACGCUGACUGCCAUAAAAAUGAAACUGCCUUUUUCAUGGCUUGUAAAUCGACACCAAAGACCAUCAGAAAAGGGAGAUUCCAAAAAUGUUCUUCAUGGCAACACAUCAGAAUUGGUGCAUAUUUUCUAAAAGUAAUGGUCUAAAGGGAAAAAUCUUUUUUGGAUGUCUGAGUCUAGGUUUGUGUCUGCUUUUUAGUCAAAUUGAUGCAAGGGUUAUUUAAAAAAAAAAGUACUAACCAUGGUGAACCAGCAAAAAAAUAAAAUGGGUGUAAAGUACAGAAGAGGAAGUUUGGAUUGGGGUGGGGGAAGCUCUCACAACACAAUUAUAAAAUAAUGAAUAAGCAGGCUACUGUCAGAGACCUUCAUUAAUCAAACGUUAUCUACUCCAACAUUAUAGUUGUCUCUCCACCAAACUCCAGAUCACACUGGAAACAAAUCACUGCAUACUUCUUCAAAAAUCUGAAAUUGAUACUACAAAGGGUGUCUAACAGUCAUUCUAACGAAGAAAGCCAGUGACUUCAAUUAAGCUUUUAAAUAAGCUUGUCAGUUACAAUACCAAAACAAAUAGGUGGUCUGUCAGGAAUGUGCAUCUUUACAUGUGUUACUUCAGCUGGCUAUUAUCAGAAAAUAUGCUCUAUUUCCCAUUACAGCACAGUUUUACCAAGGGUCUAGAAGGAAUAGGUAUGGAGUGGAAAGAAAAGCUAGGCUUGCAGUAUCAAGAGAAGUGGUUUGGGUUUUUUGGUUUUUGGUUUUGAGUUUGUUGUUGUUGUUGUUGUUGUUGUUGUUUUAAUUAUGUUUCUGUAAUACUACCUUGCCCCUGUGUUGUGUUUGGUGAUCCAAGCAUAUAUUAGAAGAUUUAGGACAAUGUAUUCCAUCAACUCUUCUGUUUCCAUUUGUCACCUACAAAACAGAGAUGAUACCUGCCUGCACUUCCUCUCAUAGUAUUUGACUCCAUUGUGAUAAGGGCAGUGAGCUUCAUUCAUUGUUGUAUACACAGUGUCUGGUACAGCAAGUGUUUUGUCAAUUUCAUUUAAUGAAUCUUUUACAUGAAAAUGCUUAGAAAAUGAUAAACAGCUGUCAAGAGUAAAUAAAAGGUAAAUGAAAGCCUAAGGUGAUAAAUUGUAAACAAACUCAUCCUCAGGAUAAAUUUUAUGGCUAAGAGCCCACCCCACCAUUGCUAUUACCCCCACCAAAAACAAUAAAAUCUUUGUGCUCAGAGAGG